AUGGACGCGGGGCUGCUGAGUGUCAUCCUGGGCACUGUCCUAGUGCGGGUGGAGACGGCCACGCAGGACCUCAAUCUACACAAGAUUGUAGGAUUUUGGCGAGAAGUUGGUGUGGCCCCCAGCCAAAACCUGGCGCUAAAGACCCGAAAGAGGCUGGAGGCCUUGUUCCUGACCUUGAGUGGAGAUGAGCUGACGGGGAAGGCUGCGUAUGACAGCUCAGGAAGUUGUGAGACAGAAAACAUAGUGGGCUCAGAAACCGACGUUUCGGGGAGAUUUGUUUUUCCUGCUAAGAACCGCUGCCCGGUUGUCACAGGCCACAGGGAGACCCACGUGAUAGACACGGACUACGAGCAGGACGCCAUUCUGAGGGUGUCCCUGCACUGGCAGGGCCAGGAUUUCCACGUGCUCAAAUACUUUACUCGGAGCCUCGAGGACGAGUACGGACCAGGCUUCUGGAGCUUCCGGGAGUUGACAGCUGAUGUAGGGCUGUACCUGGUGGCCUGGCACGGGAGGUGUGCCAAGCUCCUGAAGGAGGUGAGCCUUGCCCCCCGCUGCGCCGAGCCCCCAGGCUGAGUCUCCCGGCCUGACAGGGGCCCUGGGUCACUCUGGAUCCACGCUGCCAGAUGGGGACCCUGGAGGCUGGGGGACUGACGACAGGGUUGGGAGAGGGAAGGGGAGAGGCGGAGCCCGUAGGUCCCACCCGGGUGGGGACACAG